AUGUGUUCCUUUCGAUUCUCCAUUCUUUUCUUCGACUGUAAAGACGCGAUUGUCUUUUCUCAGUCUCCUCCGGGGAAAGUUUUGAUUAAAUGUUGCAGCCGACAAAAGCGUGUUCGAAACCUUGGAGUUGCAUUUCUUUUUUUUUUCAAUCGUUCUUUCUUUCUUUUUCUUUCUUUCUUUAUUGCGUACACUUGUUAUUUCUUUCACUCAUUCUUUCUUUCUUUCCUUCUUUCUUUCUUUCUUUCUUUCUAUCUGACACUUGUUAUUCCUUUCGCUCAUUCUUUCUUUCUUUUUUUCUUCCUUUCUUUCUUUCUUUCUUUCGCACACCUGUUAUUUCAUUCACUCAUUCUUUCUUUCUUUCUUUCUUUCUUUCUUUCUUUCUUACACUUGCUAUUCCUUUCGCUCAUUCUUUCUUUCUUUUUUCUUUCUUUCUUUCUUUCGUACACUUGUUAUUUCAUUCACUCAUUCUUUCUUUCUUUCUUUCUGACACUUGUUAUUCCUUUCCCUCUUUCUUUCUUUCUUUUUUUCUUUCUUUCUGACACUUGUUAUUUCAUUCACUCAUUCUUUCUUUCUUUCUUUCUUUCUUUCUUUCUGACACUUGUUAUUCCUUUCGCUCAUUCUUUCUUUCUUUCUUUCUUUCUUUCUUUCUUUCUUUCUUUCUUUCUUACACUUCUUUCCUUUCGCUCAUUCUUUCUUUCUUUUUCUUUCUUUCUUUCUUUCGUACACUUGUUAUUUCAUUCCUCAUUCUUUCUUUCUUUCUUUCUUUCUUUCUUUCUGACACUUGUUAUUCCUUUCCCUCUUUCUUUCUUUCUUUCUAUCUGA